CCCUGUGCGCACAGUCAGCUGACAGCACGGAGAGUCCAGAGCGAGCACUGUAACAAGUGCUGCUGGAUAAUUCCUUUACUGAUCCGGAUCAGGUAAAAACGAGACAUUUCUCGAAAUUGAGAUUUUUUUUCUCCCAGGAGGAUGUUCUCGAGUCAGAGCUGUGCUUUCCAGUCUUCACACUCUAGCCUGAGUUGCACUGCGCUCGCGCCUGUGGAAGCACGCAAACUUCCCCGGAGUGACUGGAACGGAUUUUUCCCAGCAGAAGUCUGAGACGCACUGGGACUUUAAUCUGCGGGGAAACUGAGAGGAAAUUGCGCUCUUCUAGAUUGUUUUUUUUUGUAUCAGCUUCCUGAUCCGUGAGAGCAGAGCAUGCGGGGAGCGAGGAAACAUGGACAAGCUGUUCAUCUUUAGUCAAAUUCGUUUCUCUGAGCUUUUUGACGUCUGAUGUGCGAGUCUGGAAGCUGCUCUGUGAAGGACAAACGCCCGGUUUUAUGAGAUGCGCGAGAUGCGUGAAAUGCGCACACCCCGCGACCCGUCUACUCCACCUGGCCCUUGCGCUUUUGGCCGAGACGCACCCAAGACGAGUUACACGUGGAAGACGAAAACGUAUAACAUGCAGAACAUCACGUAUCUCUAAAGCGUAAAUGCGCAUGAGGAUUUCUGGGUAACUACACAGCAUAACUUUGCUGCGUCUGUUUUUGGUUGCUAGAUUACAGCCUGAAAGGGGGGUUAUUUUUGUUUGUUUGUUUUUUAUUAUUCAAUUUUAUUUAUUUGCUUACACAUUUCACUUUCUUCUUCGUCAUGCUUCGGCAAAUGCUCUUGAAUUCGACGGCGGCGGCGGCGCGGGACCUGGAUGCCAUGAACCAGACGCAUGCGCCGGCUCCCCUGGACGUGUCGCACGCGCCCGUGAGCGUGUCUGCGCUGCUGAAGCCGGCGGGUCGCGGAGGCACGGGCGGGAGCGCGCUGCGCGAGGGCGAGCUCAGCAAACCGGACCUGACGACCUACGUGGUCAUGUGCAUCGUUCUCUUCCUCCUAGUGCUGCUAAUCGUGGUCUUUAUCAACUGCCAGCUGCGCAACUCAUUCUUCGCCUCCACGCCGUACGACCGCUCUUUGCGCGAGGCCCGGACCUCGUACAAAUGAAGCCCGGCCGCGCGCCCCGCGCACAUGCCUUGUGACAGACCCGGAAAGCGGGCCUCGCGCUUUGCACCGUGGAAACCCGUGUGGAUUAACGCGGCCGUUUGGAGGAAUCAGAAGCGACUCUGGUCUUGUUUAAGUGUCCCCCCCUGUCCACAGUGUGAACAUGAGCGCGCGGACUGUAACGUCAAUGCGUUUCUGUUCAACCUGUUCUCAUGUUGUGUGUACUGCGAUAUACUGCAGGUUAUUCUCUUGCAUGCAUUUAAUCUAUCAUUAAAUCUGAUGUGUACAAUCAA